ACAACAUCUUCACUGCGCACUCGCGACUCGUCAUCUCUACCACUUCAAACAUUGGUCGGCCACCGGACAGCUUCACUACGAGUAACCCUGUUCUAUCACGAUGGAAUCCUCUAACCAACAUCUCACCUUCAUCGAAGCACUGUUCAUGAUGCUGCUACCUGCACGUUGCCACUGGCUGGUGUCGCUGUUUGGUGACUUUGCAGAGCAGUUCUGGGCUGUCCUCCUCAUGCUCAUCAUCCUCAUCAAGAUCCACACCUUCUACCAAAAGAUGAUCUCCCAAUUGAACCAGAGGGUCGCAGUCCUUGACAUCGAAGCAAGCCCACCAUCAUCUAACCAGCUUUGUCCAACCAAACUCCAAGAGUACACUACGAUUAUGAAUGCCGAAUUCGGUACUUUCCAAGCAGAGCUUUCCAACACUGUAAAGAAGCACAGCGAUAUGAUGACAGAUCUUGAAGAGCAGAUCCAGUCCAUACACUCGUUGUUCAGAGGGCAGUUGCAAGUCCCGCUGCGUCGAGCUAUCGCGACAGUUGUGAAUUCGGUAGCCCUGAAGACGAUCCGUAAGGCCACCCAGGAGGCUGUGACCAAUCUCGCACUUGGCACAGCAGACUGGAACCAAGACCUUUUGUUUGAGUUACAAGACCGAACAAAGGCCCAUGGCCAACAAGUCGACCAGCUUCGGGCUCAAUCAGAGAAAGCCGAGCAGCGAAGGACACAUCAUCUUAAUCAACUCGAGUCAACCAUCAUCGAGCAGGCCAAGGCCAUCGCUGCGCUGAACGACACAAUCCGCACAUUACUUGCCGCCAACACCACCACUCAAACACAACUCACAGAACUGCAGUCUAGCAUCAAGGACCUCCAGAAACGCUCUGAUGUCCUCGAAGAACGCACCGAAGACCUUGGCGAACGCACCAAGGCCCUCGACGAAGUCACGGACGGGCUCUACACCAGCGUGCAGGAGCUCCAGAACAUGGCGAGCGAGUCCGAGGGGGAGGUGAUGUCGGAGGUCGGAGCCUACGAUGCUGCCGGCCCUGCCUCACCCCCGCCUGCGUCCAGCAGUGAGGGACUGCAGGCUCCCUCGUCGGCUCCUCCAAAAGUCGACAUAUCUGUACCUACCCAGGUGUUCGACGCAAGUCAACACCUGGGUAUGGUGUUUGACUUUACGUCUCGCUCGCUGGAGCCCCCCUGUUCGCUGGUGCCAUCCCGUUCGCCGCCAAGUGAGGGCCGGAGGUCCUCCAGACCCGCCUCCUCCCAGCCGGCACCCCCAUCUCCCACCCUCGAUCUCCUCCAUGGCCCAACCGUGACGGAAUCUCCGUCGCGGGAGGAGACUAUGGAGGAUGCAUUCCUCAACCCGGAGAAUCCUCCCGAGAUGGAUGAGAACUUCGACGAGGCUCUGUUGGCGGGUGACGAACGCCCAGAGGAGGAGUGGGAGAUGGGGAGUGAUGUGGAUGCCGAGGGCGAGACAGACGACGAGUACGUCGCGGAGUGGGAUAUCCCUCAGAAAGGCCAACUCUCCGUCGAAGAUUGCGAAGACGAUCAGCCCCUCGCAGAACUGGACAAGGAGAGAUCCGAAUGGGACGAGCUUGCUGCACUCUACCAUGUCUCGGAUGCAGAAUGGAACGCGUCGCAGACACAGUGGCGCGAGUGGGUCUCCAAGCGCGAUACAGUAGGCGCUCUUGAUGCAGGACGAUUUCAUAUACCACCGGAAAAAGCUGUGUGGCAAGAGGGUCGUAUUCUCGGCGAAGAGCGCUUCAGCAAGGCGUUAAGCCCUCAACACGAAGGGUGUCUCUCCUGCAGCAUGAAGAGGGACGUGGAAAGCGAUGAAACACUGAGUGGAGAAAAGAAGGCAGAACAGCUUGCUCAGCUGGCACACGAUGUACCAAUACUACGAGUCCCGGCCAAUGCAGGGGGACCUGUUUUACCUCAGACCUUUGACGAGCUUAGCUUUGAGCAGCUGGUGGACAUUUCUGCAUGGAAUCACGAUCGAGCGAAACCUUCUCAGACAAUGGCUGCAUCCCAGAUAGCAAGCCUAAUGGAGGAAGCGAUCAAUGCAGCCGACUCACUCCAGCACUUGAGCACCGCCGAGAAGAAAGCCUAUUGUGUGGCUGCUGCAGAAGCGUGGAAGCUGCAGCUAGAUCUUGUGCGGCUGGAACAUGUUCGACAGAGUAUUGAAAGCCGAAUAGAGAUCGCAAAGACAGGUUAUAGUGUGAGCACGUACAACAUCAAGAAGUGCAGGGAUCGAAUGAAGAACAUGGCGGAGCUCGAAGGCCGGUAUGUCAGAUAUGGAGGCCUCAGCGUUUUCAGAAGAUCGUACGCCGGUGAUGAACGAAAGGACAUUGAACACGAAGAAGACAAAGAAGACGAUGUUAUCACGGCUGAAGUUCCUCAUACUGAAGUCAAAGAAAUCGAGCAGAAAGACAGUGGAUCAGAGAGCGUACAUUCAACACACGAUAUGGCUAAGCCACGCGGCCGGAGUGAGAAUGAACAGACUGCGCAGUCUACCGCUGCCCGAGAUUUGUUCUUCAACACCAUGCGGACUUUCAACCAACUCAAUAGAAAGACUGUACAAGAGAACGAUGCACGGGCGUCAACCGAGGACGGUCCAUGCGAGCCCUGGGUGGGACGGGAAAAAGCAUCUACAGGCAUGGUGAAGAAGGAUUCCAAGGUAGAGAGUUUGAUGGAAGAGGACGGGGUGAGUCUCCAGGACUUCGCAGCAAGACCUGAGGAGAAGGGUACGGCAGGACUACGAAAGCUCUCCACCGAGAAUGGAUCUUCCUCAAGACCAAGAUGGCGCAGCUGAAGCCGUCCUGGCUGGUGCAGCAAGAGGGGCGGGCGACUAUCGUGGUCGACGUAGAUCCGUGCGCUUUCUGGGAUUUUUUAAUUAAAUACGGAGUAUCUAUUCGAC